CGGCUUGUUGUUUACCUCCCGCAGGGGCCUCCUCCCUCUCUAUAAAGCCUGUGCAGAGCCGGGGUGACGCGAAGAGACAAACACUGAGGCUGUCAGAGAGAAAGACAGACUAAAGGAGAGCCAGAACGGCAGGAAAAAGCUCAGAAAUUAAGGAUUUAGAGGAGGAGAAAUAAGACUAGUAUUGCGUUGGGGUGGGGAGAAAUCGAAAGCCUCGAGUAAUCAAUCCACUAUGGAGGUCGAAAGAACAUCAGGUGGAUCCUUGCCCCUUCUCCCCACGGAGAUUUCGGAGUUCGGUCCCGGGCUAGUGGAGCGUUUGGAACAACUGUCUACUUGCCCUCUGUGUAGGGGGCCCUUUCAGGACCCCGUGAUCCUAGCGUGCGAGCACAGUUUCUGUCGCGCGUGCUUGGCUCGCCGCUGGGACAUCCCUCCAGGGUCGGGUGAUAGCAACACCGCGCCUCCCAUCAUAUGCCCCUGCUGCGGUCUCUCGUGCCCUCGCCGCAGCCUUCGGUCGAACGUGCGCCUGGCAGUGGAGGUGCGGAUUAGUCGUGGGCUAAGGGACAAGCUGGCAGAGCCCGGCGCUCGGACCGGGAGACGCCGUGGGGGACGCAUCCCUACCAUGGGCUGUCAGGAUCCGCACGGAGAGGAUGUGAGGAAGACAUGGAGAAGCUACAUCUUUCUCAGACUUGAUGCCACAAAGUCCAAACCAGAGGAAUCAGAUGAGGACAUCCCAGAUGAUUAUCCUGUGGUCAAAAACAUGCUCCACAGACUCACAGCGGACUUAACUCUGGACCCUAGCACUGCACACCGUCACCUCCUUGUGUCUCCCGAUGGUCGAAGCGUUUGUCUAGCUCCACCUGGGACACCUGUGCCACUGGACGGACCAGCCCGCUUCGACCAGCUCCCCGCUGUGCUAGGUGCGCAAGGCUUCAGAGGUGGACGGCAUUGCUGGGAAGUGGAGACUGCCAGUGGAACUUCUUUCGGGGAGUCCUCUGGUGAAGACGACAAAGGGAGCCAUUAUGCCGUCGGUGCUGCUGGAGAAUCUGUGCGGCGAAAGGGCCGAGUAGGCUUAUGCCCCGCGGGGGCCGUGUGGGCUGUGGAAGGCCGAGGAGGCAGGUUAUGGGCUCUGACAGCCCCCGAACCUACGCCCCUGGGAGGUGGAAGGCCUCCGCCCCGGAGAAUUCGCGUGGACUUGGAUUGGGAAAGAGGCCGAGUGGCUUUCUAUGACGGUCGGUCUCUUGACCUGCUUUUCGCUUUCCAGGCAUCUGGAUCCCUUGGGGAGCGUGUCUUUCCGUUGCUUUGCACCCGGGACCCCCAGACCCCACUGCGCAUAGUGCCAGCUGAUGGCUGAACACUCCACCCUGCAUUUUUACUAAGGGAUUUCGAGCUCAAGUUUCCCUACUUGGGAAACUCCAGCUCUCCUGACUUGCCUCACCCACUCCCAAGAAUUUCCCAUUUCCUCCCAGUUAAUUUCAGAUCCAGUCUAAAUAACUGGAUGUAGAAAUUUGAGAUCCAUUGCUUCCAAAAACUUCCCUUCCUAUUAAGUCGAACAUGUCAUAUUCCUAUGGGAAAUUUACAAACCUAACUUCCUACAUCUCCAGCCCACUGUAACCCCACCCACAAUUUCCCAAGUCACGAAUAUUCCUUUGUUCAAUUAUUGUUUCCUAUUGAGCCUCACCCUAUUGGAGAAACUGCCUUCUCAGCAAUUCCCCAAGACCUUUCAGAAAUCUCUUCCAUUCCCCUUCCCAGAAAAUAAGUAUAAAAGGUAUGGUUCUUCCUUAUUUUUUUCUGGGCCCUUUUCCUGGUGAUUAAUUUCUACCUUGCAGCAAACUGUAAAAUCUACCAUUCAGGCAUCUCUGAUCUUGUCCAUUUGGGGGAAAAGCUCUUUACUGAGAGCUGCCCUUUUCUCCGAGAUUUGGCUUGAUGGUAUACAAACCCUCCCUACAUUUCUCCCACCUCCCAUUCAGGAUAGGAAGAAUGGUACUACCUCUCCCCACUUUGGGGGUCUCCACACAGCCCACUAAAUACUCCCUUUAGUUGGCCCCAUAUUUAACACAUUCUGUGACAUUGGGUUAUUUAUUUUGAGAGCCUAUGGCAAUAAAUGAAAUCUCAGUGAAGAGGUGGAGUUGAUUGACCUUUGUAGAUAAAUGGAGAAUGAAGGAGACAGUGGAUGACUCAUUCCCAGGAAUUUUGUGGAGGGGCCUAUUAAGUUGGUGGUGCUCUUCUAGGCUUAUUUGGGAACAGAAUAAGGAAUUGGAAGGAAUACCAACCUCUUAGAUCCCUCUUCAUUCCUUCCUAGGUUCCCCUCAAAGUCAUAUUAGAUCCAACCUCUGCAAUGGGAAAACCAGAAAACUGAGGGAAAUCAAA